UUUGGCGCGAAAAAGAAUAACCUAAAAGCAACUAAGCUUAAUUUUCUGCCUUUAAAAUAUUAUUAUUUCAUAAUUUAAACUUAAAUAAAUAAAUAAACUAUAAAGCUUCAUAUACAUAAAAAAAAUUAUUAGGUCUGCUAAAUCAACGCGGACUACCGAUCUUACCAUCUACCUAAAAAUGUCUGACACUAAAAACAAGGAAAUUGAGUCAGUCCAUGUGAAUGGCGCCGGUGAGAAGAAAAGACAGAAAACUAUAGAACAUGAAGAGUAUCAAUACCUAAAACAUAUAAAGCACAUUCUAGAUGAUGGAUUUAAAACUUUAGAUAGGACUGGUGUGGGUACUUACUCAAUUUUUGGAGCCCAGAUGAGAUAUUCUUUACGAGACAAUGUUUUCCCCCUCCUUACAACAAAAAGAGUAUUCUGGAGAGCAGUUGUUGAAGAGCUUCUCUGGUUUAUUAGAGGGAGCACUAACGCCUUUGAAUUGCGAGACAAAAAUGUCCAUAUUUGGGAUGCAAAUAGUACCCGGCAAUUUUUAGAUUCUGUGGGGUUAAAGGACAGGGAAGAGGGAGAUUUGGGGCCAAUUUAUGGUUUUCAGUGGAGACAUUUCGGUGCUGAAUACAAAGGGAUGCAUGCUGACUAUAAAAACAAAGGGAUUGACCAACUGGCUCAUGUUAUUAAGACAAUAAAAACCAAGCCUUCUGAUAGGCGCAUAAUUAUGUGUGCUUGGAAUCCAGUAGAUAUCCCUGAAAUGGCUUUACCCCCAUGUCAUUGUCUUGUACAGUUUUAUGUUGCAAACGGUGAAUUAUCUUGUCAACUAUAUCAGAGGUCGGCCGAUAUGGGUUUGGGUGUUCCAUUUAACAUUGCGAGUUAUGCCUUGUUGACUUGUAUGAUUGCACACAUUACAGAUUUAAAGCCUGGAGAGUUUAUACAUACCCUUGGAGAUAGCCAUGUUUAUCUCAACCAUGUCGAUGCAUUAAAAGAGCAAAUUGCCAGGGAACCCAGACCAUUUCCAAAACUGAAUAUAAAAAGAAAAGUCGAAGAUAUCGAAGAUUUUACGUUUGAUGACUUCGAGAUCACUGGAUAUGACCCACACCCCAAGUUAAGUAUGCCAAUGGCUGUUUAAUCCUAACUUCUAAUAUGGUCAUUCAAAAUAAUAUUAAAGCGCCCAGUAUUAAUUUUAAGUAAUACUAUAUUUAUUUUUUAAAAUCAAUUAUUGAAAUAUAUAUCAUAUUUUACUUUA